UCUCUCUCUCUCUGCAACAUACUCUCACCGAAUCAACAACACCAACAACAACAAUCUCUCCUCCGUCUUCCUCUCCGUUCCUUCGCUCCUCCUGGUGAUCUCCGCCGCGCGCAUUUCCCUCUCCCUCCCUCCCUCCCUCCCCGGAGCUCGCCGGCGUCGUUCGCAGGACAGCGGAUCGAUACAAGGGAAAGCAUUGUCCGGUUCAAUAUGAUUGUCAAUGUGAGAGGGUCGGCGAUGGUGCGCCCGGCUGGGGAGACGCCGACGCACGCCCUGUGGAAUUCCAAUGUGGACCUGGUGGUGCCCAGCAUGCACACCCCCAGCGUCUACUUCUAUAGGCCGAAUGGCUCCCCUGACUUCUUCGAUCCCAAAGUGCUCAAGGAAGGACUCAGCAAGGCCCUUGUGCCUUUCUAUCCCAUGGCUGGGCGGUUGAGGCGCGAUGAGGAUGGUCGCAUUGAGAUCGACUGCAAUGCUGAAGGUGUGCUAUUCGUGGAGGCUGAAACGAACUCCGUUGUCGAUGAUUUUGGCGAUUUCGCCCCGACAUUGGAGCUUCGGAAGCUCAUUCCAGUUGUAGACUAUUCGGCAGGGCUUUCCUCUUAUCCUCUUUUGGUACUGCAGGUGACGUACUUCAAGUGUGGUGGAGUUUCGCUUGGUGUUGGCAUGCAACAUCAUACAGCAGAUGGAUUUUCUGGCCUUCACUUUGUUAACACAUGGUCAGACAUGGCUCGUGGUCUUGACCUCACAAGCCCACCCUUCAUUGACCGCACCCUAUUGCGUGCUCGUGAUCCGCCGCAGCCUCAAUUUAAGCACAUAGAAUACCAGGCUCCACCUGCCCUUAAAGCACUGCCAUCGCAAACUACUAAAUCCGGUGCGGAGAGCACAGCCAUCGCCAUCUUCAAAAUGACUAGGGACCAGCUUAACAAGCUCAAAGGCAAGUCAAAGGAAGAUGGAAACACUGUCAACUAUAGCUCUUAUGAGAUGUUGGCAGGUCAUGUUUGGAGAUGUGCAUGCCAGGCACGUGAGCUCGCUGAUGAUCAAGAAAGCAAAUUGUAUAUUGCUACUGAUGGACGGUCCAGACUGAAUCCGCCUGUUCCGUCCGGUUAUUUUGGCAAUGUGAUCUUCACUACGACGCCACUCGCUGUUGCCGGUGACCUCCAAUCCAAACCAACAUGGUAUGCGGCAAGCCGGAUCCAUGAUGCUUUGGGUCGCAUGGACAACGACUAUCUCAGAUCUGCCCUGGAUUACCUAGAGCUCCAACCCGAUCUAUCGGCCCUUGUUCGCGGGGCCCAUACAUUUAGGUGUCCAAAUCUUGGCAUAACUAGUUGGGUUAGGCUCCCUAUCCAUGAUGCUGAUUUCGGCUGGGGCAGGCCAAUAUUUAUGGGGCCCGGUGGAAUUGCAUAUGAAGGAUUAUCGUUCAUCUUGCCAAGUCCCACCAAUGAUGGGAGCUUGUCAGUGGCCAUCUCCCUGCAAACCGAGCAUAUGAAGGUGUUCGAGAAGCUGUUGUAUGAAAUCUAAAGAGGGUUGAGGAGAACCUUUCAAGUCAGAUAAAUUGUAGCUGGUCGGAUCAAGUGCAUUGAAAAAGUUUUCCACCCGGCGAUUGUGUUUGUUCCCUAGUACCUUAACAAUGCAAUCUUGAUGUUAAUUCUAUGCUAGUACAAAUGUUCCUGUACGACACUAUUUUUGUCGCACAAAUUGCACAUUUAAGGACGCUUGAACCAAUUGUAUUAUCUUUUACCUC